AUGCAGAAAGUCAAGGCCCGACUGCCUACUUGGGACGUAACCAAGACGCAGAGUAAAAAAGGCUUCGACAAAGUCUGGGGCUGGGCCGACAAGCUAGGAGCACCUAUCAAUAGGCUAUCCAACCGCAUUGGUAGCGAAGCUUUCUGGCCUACGACGUUGGAUAAAGAAAGUGAUAAAGCAGCCAGAAUCUUGAGAUCGUUUUGCAAGGAUGGCUUCUAUACUGAAGAGGAGAAACCGGCUGAUGCCGAACAAGCUGGACCAAAGCAAAAGCAGCGCGUACUGAAGAAGAUCCCAAAAAAGGUGAUACAAAACGCCGUCGGUCUUGCGAUCUUCACCACUAUGCGAACUGGUCUCUGGGUAUCUGGAGCCGGUGGAUCUGGAGUCCUGGUAGCUAGAAACGAAAAGGAUGGCUCAUGGUCUCCCCCGUCAGGCAUUCUGCUACACACAGCCGGCCUAGGAUUCCUGGUGGGCGUGGACAUCUACGACUGUGUUGUUGUGAUCAACAAUCGCAAAGCUCUAGAAGCAUUUACUAAGAUCAGAGCUACACUUGGAGGAGAGAUCAGUGCAGUUGCUGGACCUGUCGGAGCUGGCGGAGUUCUCGAAAAUGACGGCAAAUGGAAACAAGCGAACAGACCUGUCUUCACUUACUUGAAAUCAAGAGGUUUCUAUGCUGGCGUCCAAGUCGACGGAACAGUCAUUAUAGAACGAACGGAUGAGAAUGCACGCUUCUAUGGACAGGAGGGCAUCGGAGUGGCUGAAAUUCUAGCUGGAAAGGUCCGACCUCCUCCGGAGGUUAAGAUGUUGAUGGAGACGUUGAAGGCAGCCGAAGGUCGGACCGAUGUCAACCAGGAGCUUAUGGAUGAGCUUGAAGGGCAACCUGCACCUGGAGAUGUUGAAGUUGAUGCCCCUGGGGAAGGUAAGGUAUUCGGCAUCCCCGACCCUGAAGAUCCUGAUCCCUUCGGAGUUCGCGCCCUCGAGAAAGAGGGCCUUGAGAUCCGCGAUGCCGCGACUCACUCAAGACCUUCUAGCCAAGUAUUCGAGUACCAUCCUAGCCCGACCAGUCCCACGUACAACAGGUUUUAUCGCAGGAGCAUAGAAACAGGCACAGGAAGUAACCGUGACAGCUAUGGAUCAACGCAUAGCCAAACCUAUACGACAUCUGAGGCCAGUACUCAGACCGACCCUGUCUUGAUUACACCAAUCACUGGCACUUCUCCCAAGAGCAGAAGUAUUGUUUCCCAUGAGAGGUUUAAUGAUGAAAAGAGCAUCUACGAGGAUAUCAGAUUGGAAGAUGAGUAUGGAUCGCCAUACAAUGGAACGUCGCAGUCUCCUUAUGUCCUGUUUGAUAGCUUCACGACGCCACCUUCUGGCCCGCCUCCUCUUCCUGCUAGAAAUCCUGUUACAUAA